UUAAGAUGGUCCUCCCAUCUUCAAUUUCAAACCAAUUCAUUACAACUUAAAAUAAAAGUUGUUGUGCUAGCUAUCACAAGAUCACAAGCACCAGAAACUUGGCUAAAAAAAACACAGACAACAAAAAAUGGCAACUACUUUUGUUGCUGCUCUUUCAUCUAACUCUCUCAUCUCUUCAUCUUCUCUUCAACAAUCUUUUAUCAAUGUCAAUAAUCCUUCCCUUACACUCUCACCAUUUUCACUGUCCUCUUCUUGUUUUUCCUCAUCCAACUCCUCUUUUAUCUCUCCCUUACAUUCGUCGAAUCGCUCUGCUUUCCCUCUGGUUUUCAGAAACAGCAGCAAUGCUGCCAGUAACAGCAGCUUCAGCAUCAAUGGCAGUGUUUCUUCAGAGAAGAAAAAGGUGUUGAUUGUUAAUACUAAUAGUGGUGGACAUGCUGUUAUUGGGUUCUACUUUGCCAAAGAGCUUCUGGGUUCUGGACAUCAAGUUACAGUUAUGACAGUUGGAGAUGAAAGCUCUGACAAAAUGAAAAAAACCCCUUUCAACCGUUUUUCUGAAAUUACAAGUGCAGGAGGAAAGACAGUGUGGGGAAAUCCAGCAGAUAUUGGGAAAGUAGUAGGAGGAGAAACAUUUGAUGUGGUGCUAGAUAAUAAUGGCAAGGACCUUGAAGCUGUGAGCCCUGUGGUAGAUUGGGCAAAGAGCUCUGGAGUGGAACAAUUUUUGUUUAUCAGCAGUGCUGGAAUAUAUAAGAGUACAGAUGAGCCUCCUCAUGUUGAAGGGGAUGCUGUCAAAGCUGAUGCCUCGCACGUUCCAGUGGAAGAGUACAUUGCUAAAAUUUUCGGUAGCUGGGCAGUCUUUCGGCCACAAUAUAUGAUUGGAUCAGGAAACAACAAGGAUUGUGAAGAAUGGUUUUUUGAUCGGAUUGUCCGAGACAGGCCAAUUCCAAUCCCCGGCUCAGGAAUGCAGCUGACUAACAUCAGUCAUGUAAAGGACUUAUCCUCGAUGCUUACUCUAGCAGUCGAAAAUCCAUCUGCAGCAAGCGGAAACAUAUUCAACUGUGUAAGUGAUCGAGCAGUGACCCUCGAUGGAAUGGCCAAACUCUGUGCUCAAGCUACUGGUCGCUCUGUCAAAAUUGUACAUUAUGAUCCAAAAGCAGUCGGAGUUGAUGCCAAGAAGGCAUUUCCUUUCCGCAACAUGCACUUCUACGCGGAGCCAAGGGCAGCUAAGGAGAUCCUAGGAUGGAAGAGUGCUACAUAUCUUCCUGAAGAUCUAAAGGAGCGGUAUGAGGAGUAUGUAAAGAUUGGAAGAGACAAGAAAGAUAUGAAGUUCGAGAUUGAUGACAAGAUAUUAGAAGCACUCAAAGUAUCAGUAGCAUGAUCUUCAGAGUGUUAUACAGAGAACUUUAAAGAGUCAUUUUGUAAGGAAAAUCAUGCAAAUUUUGGCUAAAGAAUUUCAUGUAUGAAACAAAUAUAUUUAACCUCCAAGAUCUUAAGAUA